UCUGUUACACAGGUGACAAGAAACAUUCCUCCAGGGCUAGACGAGUACAAUCCUUUCUCUGAUUCAAGAACACCUUCUCCAGGAACUGUGAAAAUGCCUAAUGUUCCCAGUACCCAGCCAGCAAUAAUGAAACCAACAGAAGAACCACCUGCUUAUACACAAAUUGCAAAGGAGCAUGCCUUGGCCCAGGCAGAACUGCUAAAGCGUCAAGAGGAGCUGGAAAGAAAAGCAGCUGAACUCGAUCGCAGAGAAAGGGAAAUGCAGAGUCUCAAUCAGCAAGGGGGUAGAAAACAUAACUGGCCACCUCUUCCUGAGAAUUUUCCAGUAGGACCUUGUUUCUACCAGGACUUUUCUGUAGACAUUCCUGUAGAAUUCCAGAAGACAGUAAAGAUUAUGUACUAUUUGUGGAUGUUCCAUACAGUGACACUGUUUCUUAAUAUCUUUGGAUGUUUGGCCUGGUUUUACGUUGAUGCUACACGAGGGGUUGAUUUUGGAUUGAGUAUACUCUGGUUCUUGCUUUUUACCCCUUUUUCUUUUGUCUGCUGGUACAGACCACUUUAUGGAGCUUUCAGGAGUGACAGUUCGUUCAGGUUUUUUGUGUUCUUCUUUGUAUAUAUCUGUCAGUUUGCUGUACAUGUACUUCAAGCUGCAGGAUUUCAGAGAUGGGGAAACUGUGGGUGGAUUUCAUCUCUUACUGGUCUGAAUAAGAGUAUUCCUGUUGGGAUUAUGAUGAUAAUCAUAGCUGCACUUUUCACAGCAUCUGCUGUUAUCUCAUUAGUUAUGUUUAAAAAGGUGCAUGGCCUCUACCGCACGACUGGCGCUAGUUUUGAGAAAGCGCAGCAGGAGUUUGCGACGGGAGUGAUGUCCAACAAGACUGUGCAAACAGCUGCAGCCAACGCCACGUCAACAGCAGCAACCAGUGCAGCUCAAAAUGCGUUCAAGGGUAACCGAAUUUUAGGGAAACAUGAAAAGUCAUCAUAG